GUGAAACUCCCUGCCAAUGGAGAUUAGGCUGACUCCAUCUCUUCAGAGCUUCUGGAAUCGACAGACCUAUGCCAGUUACUAGUAACCUCCUGCCUGUCAUUUCUCAGUAAUGCUGCAAAGGCUUCAUCAGCCAUGAAAAAAGGACCAGAGUACUUCAAGGUUAGGAAACAUUUGGAAAUUGGUCUGACAAAGCAAUCAUGAUGGGAUUAAAGAAUUCAACUGCUUUUCCUGGUGGUCUUCAUCUUUUAAGUGUUGUUUUACUCUUGCUAUUACACAUGGACAAAGUACACUCAGAACAUCAGGCUGAAGAGGCCAAUAUUAGUGCAGAUUGUACUGGUACCUAUAUCUGUAAAAAAGGUGUGAUUUUGCCAAUCUGGGAACCUCAAGACCCUUCAUUUGGUGAUAAAAUAGCAAGAGCUACUGUAUAUUUUGUGGCCAUGGUCUACAUGUUUCUAGGAGUGUCAAUUAUAGCUGACCGCUUCAUGUCAUCCAUCGAAGUUAUUACAUCCCAAGAGAGAGAGAUCACGAUAAAGAAACCCAAUGGCGAAACCAGCAAGACCACAGUUAGAGUUUGGAAUGAGACUGUUUCCAAUCUAACUCUGAUGGCUUUGGGCUCUUCAGCUCCAGAGAUUCUCCUUUCUGUCAUUGAAGUGUGUGGCCAUGGCUUCACUGCAGGGGACCUUGGGCCAAGCACCAUUGUAGGAAGCGCAGCCUUUAACAUGUUUGUCAUCAUAGCCCUUUGUGUUUAUGUUGUCCCUGAUGGUGAAAUCAGGAAGAUUAAGCAUCUUCGUGUAUUUUUUGUCACUGCAGCUUGGAGCAUAUUUGCCUACACUUGGCUUUACCUAAUUUUGUCAGUCAUAUCACCUGGGGUAGUAGAGGUCUGGGAAGGCUUGCUCACUUUCUUCUUCUUCCCAAUCUGCGUGGUGUUUGCAUGGAUUGCUGACAGAAGGCUCUUGUUUUACAAGUAUGUCUACAAGAAGUACAGGGCUGGCAAGCAGAGGGGCAUGAUCAUCGAGCAUGAAGGUGAAGGGCCACCAUCCAAAGCUGACAUUGAAAUGGAUGGGAAGGUAGUUAAUUCCCAUGUUGAAAGUUUCUUGGAUGGCACUCUGGUCCUAGAGGUAGAUGAAAAGGAUCAAGAUGAUGAGGAGGCCAGGAGGGAAAUGGCUAGGAUUCUUAAAGAGCUGAAACAGAAGCAUCCGGACAAAGAAGUUGAGCAGCUGAUAGAACUGGCCAACUAUCAGGUUCUGAGUCAGCAGCAAAAGAGCCGAGCCUUUUACCGAAUUCAGGCCACUCGACUAAUGACUGGGGCAGGCAAUAUAUUGAAGAGACAUGCGGCAGACCAAGCAAGGAAGGCGGUCAGCAUGCAUGAGGUCAACUGUGAGGUAGCGGACAAUGACCCUGUCAGUAAGGUCUAUUUUGAGCAGGUCACCUACCAGUGCCUUGAGAACUGUGGCACAGUAGCCCUAACUAUUGCUCGCAGAGGUGGCGAUUUGACCAAAACUGUCUCAGUUGACUUCCGAACAGAAGAUGGCACAGCCAACGCGGGAUCUGAUUAUGAAUUCACUGAAGGGACUGUGAUAUUUAAGCCAGGUGAGACGCAAAAAGAAAUACGAGUUGGCAUAAUUGAUGAUGAUAUAUUUGAGGAAGAUGAGAACUUUCUUGUUCACCUCAGUAAUGUGCGGGUGACUGCAGAGGAGAGAGAAGAGAGUGUUCUAGAGGCCAACCAUGUCACAACAGUGGCUUGCUUGGGGUCACCUGCUACUGCCACAGUCACUAUCUUUGAUGACGAUCAUGCUGGCAUUUUUACUUUUGAGGAGCCGGUCACUCACGUAAGUGAGAGUGUGGGAACCAUGGAAGUGAAAGUGCUACGGACAUCUGGAGCUCGAGGAAAUGUUAUUGUGCCAUACAAAACAAUCGAAGGCACAGCCAGAGGAGGUGGAGAGGACUUCGAAGACACUUGUGGAGAGCUUGAGUUUCAGAAUGAUGAGAUUGUCAAAACGAUAUCAAUCAAAGUAAUUGAUGAUGAGGAAUAUGAGAAAAACAAGACCUUCUACAUUGAAAUUGGGGAGCCCCGUCUGGUGGAGAUGAGUGAAAAGAAAGCCCUGUUGUUGAAUGAGCUUGGUGGCUUCACAAUAACAGGGAAGUGUUUGAAUGGCCAACCCGUCUUCAGGAAGGUUCAUGCUAGAGACCAUCCUUUUCCUUCUACUGUAAUCAACAUUCAAGAAGAGAAUGAAGAGAAGCAGCCCUUGACAAGCAAAGAGGAAGAAGAGCGCCGCAUUGCAGAAAUGGGGCGCCCCAUCCUGGGCGAGCAUACAAAGCUAGAAGUGAUCAUUGAAGAAUCCUAUGAGUUCAAGAACACUGUGGACAAACUCAUUAAGAAGACAAACCUUGCUCUUGUGGUUGGGACAAACAGCUGGAGAGAACAAUUCAUUGAAGCUAUCACUGUCAGUGCUGGAGAAGAUGAUGAUGAUGAUGAAUGUGGGGAAGAGAAGCUCCCUUCUUGCUUUGAUUAUGUGAUGCACUUUCUGACCGUCUUCUGGAAAGUCCUAUUUGCCUUUGUUCCCCCAACGGACUACUGGAAUGGUUGGGCCUGUUUUGUUGUAUCCAUCCUAAUGAUCGGCCUUCUGACUGCCUUCAUUGGGGAUUUGGCAUCCCAUUUUGGCUGCACCAUUGGCCUGAAGGAUUCAGUAACCGCAGUUGUAUUUGUUGCAUUGGGAACUUCAGUGCCAGACACGUUCGCCAGCAAAGUGGCAGCCACCCAAGAUCAAUAUGCAGACGCUUCCAUUGGCAACGUCACCGGUAGCAACGCUGUGAAUGUUUUCCUCGGGAUUGGCGUUGCCUGGUCCAUCGCUGCCAUCUACCAUGCAGCCAAUGGCAAUGCCUUUGAAGUCCAACCAGGCACCCUGGCUUUCUCUGUCACCCUCUUCACUAUAUUUGCUUUUAUCAGCGUUGGCGUACUCCUCUACCGGCGGAGACCGGAAAUUGGAGGUGAGCUGGGCGGGCCACGGACUGCCAAGAUUCUGACCUCAUGCCUCUUUGUGCUCCUUUGGCUCUUGUACAUAUUUUUCUCAUCUCUGGAAGCCUAUUGCCACAUACAGGGCUUCUAAAGGAACUCUUGGAAGAUAGUAUCUAUAUAUAUAUCUAGAGAGAGAGAGAGAAAAGAUAUAGGUAUAUAGAUAUAGAUCUAAUAUUAUUGAACAGAGGAAGAAAAGACAUUUGCCAUGUCCACCUAUCUACUGAUGGAAUGUAGCUUUGCAGUAGGAGUUUGAAAUCUGUGGGAUUCUUCACCAGGGGCAGCAUCAUCCAAAUGGAGGCACAGCUGAAGGGCCAUCUCUGCAACUCACCUUACAAGAUCAUGAUGGAGUUACUUUACAUUUUCCUUUUUCCCUCCCUGUAUAAGGGUUGAUCUGAUUUCAGUGGGGGUUGAUUGGAAAGACAAAAGGCCACAUAAGGUUAUAUCAUAUUGGGCAGAUGACUGAAAAGGAGAGUUCUUUAUUUACUGAUAUCUUUGUUGCCUUCUUCAUAAUUCAAGAAUGAGCUGAACCAUCACCCUCAAAGAAACAUGUGAGUCUGGAGUGACAUGCAAGGUUCAAGAGAUUUCCAACUCCAUGCUGUUUUGUUGAUUGGGGGGAGCUGUUUUGGGGGAUAUUGGGAGUUUGUCUUCUUUUUCUUUCUUUUUUUCUUCUUUUUUUGCUUUCAACCCACCCACCUCCACUUACUGUCCAGCUGUGACAAGAGUAUCUUAUGUUGAAAUAUCAUGCAAUCCCCUUUCUGAUUUUUUCAGAGGUCACUGAUUCAAAAAUAUGAUUUGAUGCAUCUAAUCCCCCCCCCUUUAAAAGAGGAAAGCAACAUUCUGAAACAAUAUUUAAACAGCACUCCAUUUGCUCCAAAACUGUGGAUUACAAAAAAAAAAUGUGCCCAGCCCCCUAAAUGUCCACCUCCUACUUGACAUAUAUAUAUUUUAUUGUGGUUCUGGCAUACCUUGCCAGAUUAAUUUCAGUUACCUCCUGUGCCCUUCCCUCACCCUGCCAAUCUUUGCUGCUGUGCUUCUCAUACGCCCAUUCGGGAAUGCUUUCAUGGUACUUGUUGUAACAAUUUGCAUGAAUGAAGCAAACCAUAAUCUGUAAUAUAGCAUUGAGUAGCGAUAGUCCAUUCAGUGAUGCCGACUGAACAUUGAAGAAGUGAGCGUGUUUUCUUUCCACGCCUUUCCAUUUCAUUUUUUUGCAUUUUUUUAGAUGAACACAUUAAUAGGCAGGAAAUGGUCAGUAUGCUAUUGGUCUGUGCAAGCUUCCUGAGAAGCAAUAAUCAAGAGCUUGUGGAGCUGCAGAUAUGUAACUUUUGGGGGAAUGUUUGUGCAAAACACACCACGUAGAGACCCUUUGAGAAAGGGUGAGGAUGAAGCUGCUAAUACGGAGGCAGGCCAGUGGCCUGUCUAGACCAGUACUAGACCUUGAAAAAGUUACUUUUUUAGAGAAGUCCAGAACACUCCCUUCCCCCAAGCAGUAUGACCAGUGGCCAAGCCACCCAGGGUAUGCUGGGAGUUAUAACUCAAAAAAGUAACUUUUCUAAGCUCUGUUCAGUACUGUCUUCCCUGGCUGGCAUUGGGCAUUGUCCAAAAGUACAGUUGACUUUGCCAGCUCUGAUGCCAUUUUAACUGGAGAUUCUAUGGAUUGAACCCAGGACUUUCUACAUAGAAAACAUGCACUCUGUGACUGAGCCGUGGAUGAGUAAAGCCCCACUUUGUGACUAGUCUGUACAGACUAAGUGAGGCUUAUGCAUUGUCCAUGCAAAAUAUGCAGAAUGAGGUGGAUUCCUAAGUCAGCAGAAAUACUCUUGAGCUUUUUUCCCCCCAAGCAUCAGUUUUCAUCCAUGUAUUUAUGCUGCAUUUGCUCCUGUCUUCAGGCAGCUGAUGCCAAAGCCUUGGCCUCCAUACCUACUCUCUCUGCUGCAGCUGUAUGGAAGUCUGAAGGUUGAUCUGGUCUUCCUGAAAGGCACCUUGAAAACAGACUGUUUCAAAUUCAGUCCCUUUGGGUACAUUUUAAACAUGCCACUAAACCUGCUGGCCUUCAGAGCAGCAAAGUGUCCUAGUUAGGUUAAAAAUGGAGUUACCUUGCAUUAUCUGGCAGUGAAUGCAUGUGUUCCUUAGGAAACUAGAGAUGUCAUUUAACUACUGUUAUUUAUUAUUUGUUCAUUGUUGACAAUGUAUUCAAGCGCUGUACAAUGCACAGAGAAAUACCAAAACACCCCCUUUUCUUGGGUAAUAUAUCACCCACCAUACAUGUACACUACGAGAGAACCAUCUGAUGAUGCUCGCUUUGUCACUCAUUUUGUUAAUUUAUUUAUCUUCUUCACCAACCCUCCCUUUUGCCCUCCCUGGCAUACCAGUUUUUCAUUUAUCAGAUUUUUCACCACCCCAUUUCUGGUGCUCAUGGAAAGAGAAAGCCAUCAAGAAAGGGCUCAGCACAAGGAAAGCUGCCCUGUCUUACAUUUCUCCCAAGGACUACUGGAAAGAGCCAUGAAAUCAGGGCUGGGGAAGACCAUAGGAGAUGGUGGAGGAAAGGCCACAGCAACCUGGCAGGAAAUCCCAAAAGGGAAUGGGUGAGACAGAGGUAGGCUCAAAGAUAUAGCCGUAGUGGGGGCAAAAUGAGGGUAUUAUCCCCCAAAUAAGAAUUAUAUCCCCCCGUGAAAUUUUCUUUCAGUUUCCAUAUUUCUCAAGAACAAGGGAUUGAAAAUCAAUCACACCUAGAGCUCUUAACAUUUGCCAUGUUCUUAUUCCCUUGGUAACGUUACAUGCUCCUUUUCUUUGGAUGCCCAAACUAUAUCUUGAAAUUUUCAACUAAUGUUUUAAGCAAAUUUCUAGCACUGCUGAAAGGCACCUUGAAGACAAACUGUUUCAAAUUCAGUCUUUUGUAAUAGAAGUUAGCUAGAAAUGUGGGGAAUGGAGGAAGAUUUCUUGGCGAGGGGGCAGAAUGCCCUCAUUUUGCCAUUCUUCAGCAGGUAGACCCUUGGCAAUUGCUGUGAGAUGUCCCUCAGCUAUUUUGGACUGCACCUCCCAAAAUCCCCCAGCCAGCAUGAUCAAAGGCCAUGGAUGCUGUUGGCUGGAAAAUUCUGGGAGUCAUAGGCUUUAAAAAGGAACUUUUCCAAGAUCUGGACAAUGUCCUAGACCAUCUUUGAGCCUCAUUAAUUCAGCCAUACUAGACUGACUGACCCAACCAUUCUGCUCUCACCAUAACCCCUACCAGGAACUCAUAAAUCUUGACCACUACGUGGAUGAAUAUGAAGGGUAAGAGCAAAAUGGCACUGUGAAUAAUUUUUUACAAAAAUGUGGAAGGGUAACAAAAGCUAUAUUCAACUUUUAAAAUAGCAGAAAACAGGAAACCUGGGCCUGUGGUUCAGUUGAGGCAGAACACCAGCUGUUGCAUAGAAGAAUUAUUUCUACAGAAUGUAAACAUCAAAGGAGAGGUAUAUGUUUGCUAAAUCCUACCAUUGCUAUAUAAUGACUGAAAAAGGAUGCGUCCAGGGAAGGUAACUCAAAGGGGAAAAAAAUUCUGUUCUUGCUUCUUAUAUAUUGGUGGUCCGCAUAUACAGACCAGCUCCAUUAGAUCAGUGGUAAUUUUGCCAGUAUAAUGGGCAACAGCUGAGAUAUGGCCAGUCAUUUCCUUGACAUGAAUUUCUCAUGGCCUUAGGGGCAACAGUGGGUAGGUACAUCAAGCUCAAGAACUUCUCCAUUCAUUUCAAUGGAAAAGGCAGCUGAGUAUGCACAUCAGUUUGUGCAUGCGGAGUUGUAUCUAUUAAGAUGAACAAGGAACACUGUGGAUACAGGACGUUCCAUCCACCCCAUGCUUCAUCAUCUGUGGCUGCAGAAAAUACCCAACAGCUAGGCCAGACUCGUGGCAACUCCUUCAGGUGUAGCUGAGAAUUCAUUGAAGAAAUCUUUGUGACAUCACAUACUGUUGAAAAGGAUGGAGGCUAGACUGAGGGCGCAUCUACACUGUAGAAAUAUUGCCAUUUGACAUCACUUCAACUGCCAUUGCUCCAUCCUACAUAAUCCUGGGGUUUGUUGUUUUGUGAGGAACCAGCACUCUUUGGUAGAGAAGACUUAAAGACCUAGUAAAACUAAAAAUCCCAAGAUUCCAUAGGAUGGUGCUGCUGCUGCAUUAUUUCUACAAUGUAGAUGCACCCUAGAUUCUUGCCCAUUCUGAACAAUCUGUGGAAUUGUGCAUUUUUCUUUUGAACGUGAAAUGGAUUUUUUUCCCUGUAAAUCAGUUUUCAUUUUUCAGAAUUUUUCUCCCUGUUUGGUUUCAUUUUGAUUUUGUUCAUUUUGGGGUGGGAGAAAAAAAAU